CCCCGUUUUCUGCAUAUUACUUCUCAAGUGCACGAAGACCUGCCAUGACGAUGCAAUCACAAAGCACACGGUAGAGAAAGGAACUGAGCUCCUUGCAGCUCUGAAAAUAAGCGGUACCCUGUGUAUGUUUAAGCACAGGGAGAUGAUCCUUAACUGUCACUAGACUUUCAGGUGGGUUAUCACACCCAUAAAAGAUUGAGAAUUGUAUUCGUUCUCAAGUCGGACAUUUCCGCAAAAGUCUGACUGCACUGUCAUGCUUUCUGGGCCAACACUAGUCCCACAGGUAUUUCUAAGCGCCUCUACCAGCCCGGUGUUGCUCUGCAGGACUCUGCCUGCGUUUCCCUCCGUGACUAACGCAGCUCACCUUCCUCACGGGUCACAGGCAGCACAGCAGUGAUGUGCCUCCUUCUUGGCCCCCACGCCCGGGGCAGAGGUGGGGUUAGGUUGAUGGGUCUCACACAUCACAGAUGCAUGGGGCCUGUGGUGUCUGGCCACCAGGGUCUGACUGCUCUCCACAAAAGCAAGUCCCUGGGCCUUUUCUCCACGCAGGGCCGCUCCUGGGACCCAAACGUCUUCGCCUUGAGUAGGAAGCAGGACCCUAGAAGUCAUCCAUCUCGUUGUGAUCUCCACUGAGAGUUUGUUGGGGCUCACGAGGGAGAGUAACAGGCGGUGGCAGAGCUGUGUUCCUCCCUCGACCUUCUCUGGCCGUGCCCUCCACCCACGCAAGAGAGAGCCGCUCAGUCCACUUGACAAAUUCUAGAAAGAAGUGGGAGCAGCAAGGGUCUCAGCCGAGGGCCAGGGGCCACAGGGCGGGGACGGGCAGGCUCCCACCUCGCAGGGAGAGGAGAUGAGGAAGUAGCUGCCAGCUUGGAUGCUUGUAGGGAUAUUAUUGAACCUGGUGGGACAGGUUUCGGGGACACAGCGCCCCAGUCCCCGGCCCUGCUGCCGGGGCCCCCUUUUCUGCCGCGCACUGACUCAGCAGCAGUGCGGGCUGUUGAACGGAUGGCUUGGGUGCCUCUCUUUCCCGGAUCACUGGCAGUUGGUGGGGAAGCCCCUUGGGCAGCCGUGGGUGAUGAAACCUAUCACAGCAGCAGGAGAAUGGGACUGACCGCGAACUCUCCAGCCCCCCACGCCCUCCCCUUCCUUCCUCUCCCAGGGCCUCAAAGGCUGGCAGGAGGAAGCACAGGCAGCAACCGACUGGGCAGCCCUCCCGGGAACAUGCAGCCACUCCUGCUUCUGGUGGCCUUGCUCCUGCCACCCGGGGCUCGGGCAGGGGAGAUCAUCGGAGGCCAAGAGGCCAGGCCCCAUUCCCGCCCCUACAUGGCGUAUAUGCGUAUCCAAAGUGCACAGGGUCAUAAAACUUGUGGAGGGUUCCUGGUGCGAAAAGACUUUGUGAUGACAGCAGCUCACUGCUUCGGAAGGCAAACAGUUGUCAUCUUGGGAGCCCAUAACAUCAGGAGGUUUGAACGGACCCAGCAGCGCAUACCUGUGCUCAGAGCCAUCCCCCACCCCAGAUACAAUCCGCAAAAUAACCUGAACGAUAUCAUGUUACUUCAGCUGGCAAACAGAGCCAGACAAAAUCGAUUCGUCAGGCCAGUGGCUCUGCCUCGGACCCAAGCCAGGCUGAGUCCUGGGGCCCGGUGCACUGUGGACGGCUGGGGCCUGGUGAACCUGAGCAGGAGAACAGACACACUCCAGGAAGUGCGGCUCACAGUGCAGAGGGAUGGGGAGUGCCGCCGACGCUUCAGAUCCUACAAUGGCUGGACCCAGAUGUGUGUGGGGGAUCCAAGGGAGAGAAAGUCCGCCUUCUUCGGGGACUCCGGAGGGCCCCUCGUGUGUGGCCGGGUGGCCCAGGGCAUUGUCUCCUAUGGAAACAGACAGGGGACACCCCCAGCAGUCUUCACCAGGGUUUCCAGCUUCCUGCCCUGGAUAAGGAGAACAAUGAGUCGCUUUCAACAGCGGGGCCAGGCUGAGAUCCCCCUGUGAUUGACCGUCCUUCUCUGGGGCAGAGGCCGGCUCCAGGGCACUUCCAGAGGCUUAAUAAAUGUCCACAUCUAGAGUGGAAUAUCUGAUCUCUCGUUUGUUCAUUAAACAUGA